GACUAGACAGAUAAAAAUACACGGUAUAAUCGAGUAAUUACACUGACAAUAUUUUUUUGUUAAAAUAAUAUGACUUGAAUUGAUAUUUUAUUCUAUCUGAGAUAAAAGGUAGUAUAGCUUUGACCCAAAGCUAACUCCGGAAUCAUAGGUAGCCUGAAAAGACUAAAUAAUUUUUCAAUUGUUGAUUACUUCUAAGUUAUUUUCGCAUCAAAGUUAUUAACUGAAGUUAUGGCUUGUUAGCAAAUUCUCAAUGGGCUAAUGGGCUAACAUAUACGACUAGAGUCAUUUGCUAGAAGUUAUUGUUAGCCAGAAAAGAAGUGACCGCACUUCAACUUUCUUUUGGAUACAAUUUAUAGUUGCUUUUUUCUUGUGCGAGACUGACAUAAAUAUUCAAGUUUGAAUUGGAUCCUCGCUAAUCAAAACAUUAAGAUUUUCCCAAAGGUGCUUGGGGAAAUAGAUAUAAAGAUUGAAAAAAUAUAUAUAGUAAUUAAUUAAUACAGACAAGAAGAGCACAUCGUGUAGAUUUAUCCACUAACGACAUAAGCGGCGAACUAUCCGUUCACCACAACAGUAAUUAUGAUGAAUACAUAUAUAAAGAAGAGUUGGGAGCUUUUUCCUACAAAAAAAAGUUUGAAUAAACUUUUAUUUCGAAAUUGGCAAGUACCGCGGAACCAUAUUUCAACAGGAAGCUAUUCUAGCAUGCUAUUAAAAUGUGAGUCGAAUACUGCGAAACAUAGGCCAUCUCUUCUUACUUUAAGGAUUCCCCAUUUUCAAAAUCAAUCUAAAAUAUACUGGAUGCAACAAGUCCGCAAAAAUUCCACGAAAACAGCAGACCAGUAUACUCUUCAGGAACAGUAUGAUGAGUCAGGGAAACCAUAUAUAUUGCACAUGAGCGAGUCAGCAAAGCAACAAUUAGAAAAAGUGGCAAAUCAAAAACAACAAGACACUUUUUUACGCGUGGUCGUCGACGGCGGUGGAUGUCAUGGAUAUCAGAUCUCCUUUAAGAUGGAUGACCAGCUAGGAAAGGAAGACAGCGUAUUUGUUCGAGGAAAAGCUAGAAUUGUCACGGACAGUAUCUCAUUACCAUUAAUCAGUGGCUCUGAAAUCGUUUAUACAAAAGAAUUAAUUGGUUCUUCGUUUCAGUUAGUCAAUAAUCCUCGUGCAAAAUCAUCUUGUGGUUGUAAUGUGAGUUUCGACUUGAACUAAGCAUUGGAUUGACAGUCAGUGAAUUCAAGCUAAUUUACAGCUUGCAUUUGAUUCUUUUACCCAGGGCAGGGCAUUUUUGACUAAUAUUAAUGAAAAAUAAUUACGGUAUGACAUUAAUGCAGUUAAUUUAAUAAUUAGUAAAGCAAAAUAUCGUAAAUAAAAAUAUAUUUCACACAGUUAAAAGUAUAUGGAAA